AUGUUCAAGUUAAAACUCCUUCAAAGAGCAGCAAGUUCUACAAGAACUACCACUGUUGCUUUACACCAUGGUAGGCUCAUCUGUACGCCUCUUCACUCAACUUGCCACGGCAGGUAUUAUUCUGAAUCAAGGGACAGUAAUAAUAACUUUGCUAACUCAGCAAUUACAAAGUUAAUGCAACAGCUACAGUCUUCCCCUAAAGCCAAGGAAGCAUUUGAUGUCGUGACUAGAAUCUUGUUAGACAAAAAGUUAAUAGAUAUUAAUUCUACCAAAAGACCAGAUACAUGGCAAAUGAUAAAAUUGCUAAUUGACCCUGACGUCCGUGCUGCGAUGAAAAACCUCAGCGGCAAAUUACAUGAGGCUGGUAUUAAACUUAGAAAAGAAGAUAUUACGACACUAAUGCAGUUGUUUAAACUCAAUAAAAAGUAA